AUGUCAAGCGAAACGAAAAUGUUAGACAUAAAUAAAUGCAUUUUGUCAAAACUGUGGUAUACAUCUCUUAUUAUGUAUCAAGAAAAUAAUGAUAAAUCUUGUUUUUCACAAUGCAAAAGUAAUACUAUAGAUUUUGUUGAAUCAGAGAUUCUGAUUAAAGAUUUAAUUCAUCCUCAGAAUGAGAGUCAACAUCAAUGGAUAACAUAUAUAUUAUUACAUAAACUUAUUAAUAAUGUAACUACGUAUACUGAAUAUAUAGAAAAACAGCAAAAUUAUAUUCAAAUGACAUAUGCUUUAGGAUUAUGCGAAAAUUUUACCAAACAUUCACAGCAGGAAUUGCUAACAUUGUACAAAAAUAGUUUGCAGCAGAAAAGUUUAGAAUCUUUUGAGAAAAUACAAAAUAAGUAUUUUAUAUUUUUAAAACAAAAUAUUUACAAUAAUCCAGUUGUUACAUGUUGGAUUUUUAAUGAAUUAUUAAUAAUUUAUUCUAAUAUAUCAACUAAUAUUAUUUGCAAUGUGCAAGAUUUUUAUUUUUCACUGAUUAAAGAGUUGAUGGAAUUUAAAUCAUCUAAUAAAAAAUCAGUCAAUGAUAAUUAUUUUGGAUGUUUGUUAUGUAUUAUAUCAAAAAUGAAUAUUACUGAGUUUAAUGAAGUUGCCUUGACAGAAUGGUUUUUUCCUAUGAUGUUGAAAAUAAAUAAUAUUCAAGAUAUUGAAUUUGCAUUAUAUUCAAGAACAGACCUACAUUUUUUUAAGAAAUGGUGUAUGUUUCUUAAUGAAGUUUAUGUACAUUCCAAACCUAAUAAUUUAAGUGAUGUGUUAAAAAUACAGAAAACGUUAUUUCACUUCACUUCUAAUUCUAUUUGCACUAUAAAUAAGAAUAGACUCAUAGAAAGGAUGAGUAAUAUCAAAUUACAUUGGGUUAUAGACAUUUUGAACAUGUGUUACACUUUAAUAAUAAAUGAACAAUAUAAUGAUGUUUCAUUAAUAUUAUCCUGUGCAUUAUUAAAAGCUUUCUGGCCAGCUUUGUUAUUUAAAGUUUUGAACAAAUAUUCACAAGAAGAAGUACUAUUAGAUAAUACACAAAAGAACUAUGAUUUCAUGUGUAAUUUAAUUGAAUUUUUGAUACCCAAAUGUAAUUUUGAUAUAUUGUGUGAUUCUACAUUGAAUGAACUACAAAAUGUUUUGUGGAAAUACAUAAAAAUUUUAAAAUAUAUCUUGAAUUGUAAAAAGGAAAAUAUUCAAACAGAAGAUUUAAAUCAAGGUCAAGAAACAAUAUCAGUUGACUCCCAACAAAAUAUUUCUAUAAAAUGGAUAUUGAAUCUUUUACACCAUUUUGAUAGUCUCCUAGUGUUAAAAAUGACAAUAAAUAUAAAUGAACAGGAUUAUGAAAAAAUAAAAAAUUUAUUAAAAGAUAUUUGUGAACCUGAAAAUAUCUUCUGUGCAUAUUAUAGUAUGUUAAGUGCUUUAAAAGGUAUUUUAUUGUGUGAUAAUUAUGAUACGAAGCAAUCCAUUAUAACAAGUUACUUCUCUGAUAUGAGUCAUUAUGUAAAAAUGUUAUAUCCACUCAAUUUACGUAUACAAGUAAUAGAAAAUAUAUUUUGUUUACUUUUUUUGCAAUAUGAAGACUUUCAUUAUAUUCAAAAGAGUUAUGACAAAAUCUAUAUGAAUAAUUGUCACGAACAAUUAAAAUUCGAAAAUAAACAAGUGAAACAACAUUUUGGUUUUGUUUGUAAUAAAUAUGCUGUGAGAGAUAUAUUACAUUAUUUAACAGAUAUUAUAUCAGCAACAGAAAUUGCAUACAUGAAAAUGGAAAGUAAAAAUGGAUGUGCACAAGAAAUAGAACAAGUUCAAAAAGAUAUUGCAUAUCUCAAUGCAGCAAUAGCAGAUGCUAAAUGGAGACUUGAACUUUAUGUAACUACAGAAUUUACUAAAAAUAUUAAUAUGAAAGAUGGAAAUAAAAGUUGUUUACCUAAAUUCAAAACUCAAACUUUCUUAGAUAGAAAGUUAAUUUCCAAUCGUUCCAUAGAAACUGCACUUUUUUAUCAAGAAGAUAAUAUUUUAGAUGAAACAAAGACAAAAUCUAAUAGUAGCUCUGAAUCAGAACCAAUGCAUAAUAUUAAAUGUCGAAAACGUUCUAAAAAUAUAAAAUUUACAAUGCAUGAUAUAAUAACUAAAGUUACUCAUAAGCCUUUAUUUAUAAAUUUUAUGCUAGCAACUAAAGAAAGUCUAAUUAUUCAAUGUUUAUGGAGAAAUGAUUAUAUAAAAGCACAAAAUAUCAUAGAGACAUAUGAUAUAAAGAAUUCCCAGUUAAAUGGCGAAGUGCAGUUUUCAAAAGGAUUACACGCGUUUAGAAAGAAUAUAUAUAAACAGACAAAUACACUGAAAAAUCAGAAUCAACCUUCAGAAAACUUACAAUCUUCAACAUUAGAGAAUAUAAGACUAGUUACACAAGAAGGUAUAAACUCUUCUAGACAAACUAGUCAAUUUGAGACAUUUUUAAUGUCUCAAGAAAACAAUUUACGAAUGUUAUCCAUGGAAAUUCUUAAUAAUAAUGAAAUAUUAAUGAUAUGUGCAUUAGAUUUGGCUUUAACUAUGAGUCAAAUCUAUUCAAUUUCACAGAAUUUUUGUGACGUUGCAUGGAAGUAUAUAAAAUUAUGUACAACAUUUGACAACACUGAACAUGUAUAUUUCUUUUAUAAAUUUUAUCAACUGUUAUAUGAAAAAAAAGACAAUUUAUCUACAAGAGAUAUACUGUGUGAUGCAAAAAUUGCAUUGUCCAUAAAGGAAUGUAAAGAGAAAGAAGAUUUUUGGGCUGAUAUUAUGAUUAAUCAUCAUGAAUUUAGAGAAUCACAGGCAAAUAAAAAUACAAUCAAUAAAAUAUUAAAAGAUAGCAAUUAUUUGCCUGGAUUAAAAAUACUUAGUAAAAUAGUAACAAUUCCUUGUGGAUCUAAGAAAUAUAUACAGAAUAUAUGCUCUUAUUUACAACUUUUACACUCAAUUAUUCCAACUGAACAUGCAAUACUUACAGUAUCUGAUUUAUUAAAAAUUCCGUUAUAUUAUUACUUUGGAUAUCAAAUAUUUGAACUUAAAAUUGAGCCACAAAAACUGGAAGCAAUUGCACAUGAUUUACAAAUUAAUUUGGCAUAUAGUAUCCUUACAAAUGUUUGUCCUAGACUUUCUUAUGAAGAAGAUACAAAUUAUAUCAUCCCUAAUAGGGAAGAUGGAUGCAUCAUUUUAAAUAAAGCUUCAUGUAAAUCAAACUUUAGUUAUAAGAUGCAAAAUCCAAAUCAGUGUGUCUCAGAGAUAUUAACAGAAAUUUUACAAAUUUUGCAUAAUUUAAAUUUAAAUCAAUUUCAUUUGAAUCAUGAUGUUUGUAAAGCUAUCUCAAAAUAUUCUGACAUUCAAACUGUAUUAUGUAAAACAUCUCGUCUUAUAAAUUUAGAUUUGAGUGAAUUAUCUAUGGGUGAUGAGACAUUAACGUUCCUUUUGAAUACAUGGAAUCUAAUGUUUUUACACACUACUUUAACUGUCUGGACAAAUCAUCCCUCUUUCAAUGAUUUGCAGCAUACAAUUUCAUUAAUGUCAAUUGGUUAUCUAAUUGGUGAUUUGGGUUUAGUCACACUUGCUGCACUAAGGUCAAAAUUAUUAAAUAAUAUAAUAUUCGAUAAUAAAUUUUUCAUGCAAGUUGAAGAACUCAAUGAACCAGCAUGGCAAGAUUUGGAUAUUACUCAUGAUCCAAGAGUAAUUUUUGUAAUGGCUAAUGAAUAUUUUGGUACACCUUAUAUUCGUGUCUAUAACACAGAAUCAUUAAAUGAAGAUCUAACUAAUGCUUUUCAUGAGUAUUUAAAUCAUUAUACAUUAUGGUGUGAGAAAUCUAUUCAAAACGUAGAAAACCGAAAGAUAAUAUUACUACCAAAAAUUGUAGAACAAUAUCAAAUUUUUAUUUCUCAGAAUUUAAAUAAUGAUUUGCAGUUUAGUAACAAUAGUAAAAAUUUGUUUUCAAUAAAUGAUUACUUCAAAUCCACUGAUGAAAAUAUAGUUAUACAAUAUAUGCCACCUUCUUAUUUGUACAGUAUAAUAUUGAGAUAUUCAAAUUGUUCCAAUAUACACAGUCAUAAACAAAUUAAUCAGUAUAAGACUGACUGGAAAAGUCAUAGUAUAAGAUCAAGUUUAUUACAAUACUUGGAAGGUCAAUGUUGGAUUGUUUCUUACCUUUUGCAAAGAAUACAUAAUGAAAAUCCUACUAUAUUACAAAACAACUGUGAUAAUUUGAAUCGUACUGCGUGUCUCGAAAAUCUCUUAAUGUCAUUCUGGGUAAAGGAAUUAAAGUUAUUAUUUGAGAAUAAUCAAACUCUUACAGCCAUUUUUGAAAAGAUAUCAAUACGAAAAUUGUGGUCUCACUUUGAACUAAUGUUAAAAGAAGAUAAAUGUAAUGCUUGUUUGAAACUUAUAAAUGCAUUACCAACUUAUAUUGCCUUAAGUAGUGAAAUACAAUAUUUUAGAGAUAAACUUCUGAGUCAUAUAAUUUCGGAAGAAGAUACUAUAUUCGAUACAGAAAUAUUGCAAUAUUUAUAUCAAAUUAAAGAUGUGUACAUAUUAAAUCAAACAGUAUUGUAUAAUGUUAACAGGUGGCAUAUAAAUAUAUGUGAAAAUGCAUUACUUUAUACAGUACAUCAUAUGGAUAAUUAUAAAUUACCUAUACAUUGUAAGUUGCAGUUGAAUGAAAUCUUACACAGAGUGCAAAUUUUUCAGAAAAUACUUCCAUAUUGUAUAACUAAAUCCAAUGAAACUUGGUAUAAUAUUGCUUAUUGUACAGACAAAGUUGAUUCACUACAAGUUAUCAAAGCAUUAAUCAAUGCAGAUAAAUUUGAAUUGUGUUUAGAAUGGAUGGAAUGCCAAGCAUUUUCUUUAGAUAUACAUCCUUCUAUAACUCAAGAAUUCUUAAUUGGUCUUUUAAGAAAUGAAUCUCAAAAUUUCAAACAAACUUUAAAGUUUCUUCAAGCAUUACCUUUAGACCAAUCAAUCAACCUUUGUAAGAAUAUGCUAAAAGAAUUAGAGUCCAUUGACUCAUUGAGAUUUAUUUGUAACUAUUUAUUACAAUAUUGUAAAGCAACAGAAACUAUAAAAUAUAGAAGAACUCUACUAGGAAUUGACAUUUUAAGUAUGCUAGAUACUCAAGAAUUAUACAUUCAUCUCAUAAAAGAACCAUUGUUAAUGUUAGAACAAUUGCUAAUGAAUUGCAAAUUUGAAAGUAUCCAAAGAAUAUUAAAUAAAAUUCAAGAUAAAUUAGAUCAAGUGGAUAUUCCAAGAAGUAAUUUUGACAAAAUUAUAAGAUUUUAUGGUCAAAAGUCAUUGGAUUGUCGUGUAUCUUUACAAUGUGAAAUUACUGAAAAUAAAUCAAAAAAUUUGCAAUAUUUAACUUCAGAAACAGAAAACUCCGAAUUUAUUAUGCCUAUAAAAGUUCCUACUAAAGAAGAGUGGAUACCUAAUGAUAAAGCCAGAAAAUGUAGCUGUUGUAAAAAUGUUAUAUUUUCAAUGUUUAAUAGACGACAUCAUUGUCGUAGAUGUGGUCGUGUUAUUUGUGCAACAUGUUCUCAACAUCGCAUGCACGUAUCUGGUUAUCCACCUUCUGUACUUGUACGUGUUUGCGACAACUGCAAACAACAGACUCUGUUACAAAUGCACACCUCUGCAGGAACACAAUCUACUCUAAGUAGUGAAACAUUUGAUUAUUGGCGAUUAACGAGAGAUGAAAAGUAUAAUGAAACUGUCAGAGAAGAAUUUUCAUUUGAAUAUGCUCCAAACAUUUCUUUAUGUUUAGCUAUUCUCAACUUACAUUCCGAGCAUGAAACAUAUACCAGUUUCCUCUUAGAUUGUUGCGACAAAAUGAAACGACUUUUACAACCCGUUAGUGGUGGAAAAGUAAAUCCUGAAGUUGAUCAUAUUGUAAUUAUUAAAAUGAUACGUUCCCUAUUAGUAGCUGCAAAAGUCAAAUGUGCUAAACUUGGUCUUAAUACUGGUUUAGCCCAUUGUGAUCGUUUUUUAUCGCAAGUAGAUCUGAUUGCAAGUCUUGUUGAAUCUGACUGUUUGCAUCUAAUACCUUCUGAUAAUCUAGAUGGUCAUGCUUUGAGAAAAUUAAGAGAUCUGUUAAUUGAAAAAGAACAAUGGGUUCUUGCUUUAGACGUAAGUACUAAAGCAGGUCUUGAUAUGCAAGGAGUUUGGGCAACUUGGGGUAAAGCUUGUUUAAAAAUGGGAUAUUUUGAUCAAGCACGAGAUAAAUUUUUCCAUUGUUUUGAUAAGAUUCAAUAUGAAAAUUUUGAUGACUGGGUAAUUUUAUCACAUCCAAAAGACUUAGAAAUCUCAAGUAAAAGAGAAAUUCAAUAUGUAAUAAACAAUAUGAAUAAAGUAAAAGAAAUCGAAAUAGAUGAGCUGAGUUCAAGAAAGGCAGAAUUUUUAAAAAAUCGUCCAUUGAAAGAUCCACCAUUACUAACAGAAAUCUUACAAAUAUUGGAUAAUUUAAGCAUAUAUAAACAAUAUAUACAACAUUCUCAUCAGUACAAAUCCAGUACAUCAGAAGAAAUAUUAAAUAAUUUUGGAAGCUUUAACAUUACAAAUCGAAAACAACUUAAUGUUAAAAAUACAUCUGUAAUCACGAAAAAUAUUUAUUAUCAUGAAAGCAUUUAUUAUUUAUUAACUUAUGGUAGUUGUAAUUCAAUUAUAGAAUUUUUUUUAAAACAUGAAGAAUUUGAUCAGUGUCUUGCUUUUACUUUGGAAAAUAAUUUAGAUCUCGAUUUAUUUUUCAAUGCAAUUUAUUUAUAUUGUUUAAGAAAUGGAAGUAUUGAAAAGCUUCACGAAGCAAUAAUAAAUAAAGACUCAAAUUUACUAAUUUGGAGAAAAUAUUUAAUAUAUGUUUGUCAUAGUUUAGAAAAAAGACAAUACUUAAAUAUUUUAUACCAUUUGCAACUUUUUAUGAAAGAUUUUAUACGUGCUGCUAUGACUUGUAUUCACCUUUAUCUCAAUGAAAUAAGUAAUUAUUCAGAUUUAAAUGCUAAAGUAAAUUUUUUGUUCAAUGCUCAAAAACAUCUGGAAUCUGAGUUGCAAAUUGAAACUUUAAAUCAAAAAAGAAAGAAAAGUACAAGUUCUGUGCACAGUAAUCAAGGAAUUUUAACAAUGAAAAUGGAACCAUCCGAAAUAGAUAAACAUAUAAAUACAAUUUGUAGACAAAUGGAAAUUACAAAGUUUCUAGCAAAUUGUGAAAAGGAAGGAAGAGCUCCCAUUCAGUUUUUGAGUCUAUUUCCAGAAAAGGACUAUAAUGAUUCAUCUAAUUUAGAAGUACCAACUUUAUUUGGCAAUCAACAGCAAAAGAUUGACAUAGCUGUUUUAGCCAUUCUUUGUGGGCGAAAUAUUGAAGAAGGAUUUGGCAUAGCAUUUAGAAUAAUGCAAGAUUAUAAUUUACCACAACAAAAGGUGUAUUCUCUAACAGGACACAUUUUGAUAUUAAAAAACAAUAUUUCUGCAAUAGAACAAUUAAUUAAAUGUUGUCAUACAUCUGGAAUUUCAAAUUCAUACAUUAUAUCAGAUUAUGUUCUGACACAUUGUGUAAAGUUAUUAUUAUCUCAUUCACAUGAUAAAACAAAAUCAAUUUUAAAAAAUGAUAUUUUCAAUCUUAUUAAAUUAAUAACUGAUAUAGAACUUAAAAUAAAUGCAUAUAUUGAAUGCAGACAAUUAAAAUCAGCAUAUUUGUUAGCUGUUAAACAUUCAAGAGCACAAGAUGUAAGAAAAAUUUUGAAAGAAUCAGAUAGGCUUGGUCAAAAUGCUAUUAAAAAAAUAUGUAUAAAAUGGCUUCAGCAAAAAUCAAAGCUAUAAUUUUAGAGUAAUUUACAAAAUCAAAUACCAAUCCAUUAACAAGACCUGAAGGCCCACACUGUUCCAGAAGUAUAUCCAAAAAGUCACUUCUUUGCAUCUCAG